AUAAAUCGUUAGAUGAAUCCUUAAAAAAUAUAUUUCUUUCUUUCUAUUUUGCAUGUUUAAAAAAGAUAUCAACAAAUUAUUUUCUGUAUUAAAUAAAGCGAAUUAAGACGUUAACCCUACCCAGUGUAUACACGUGAUCGUAAUCACAAUCGUAAUGUUAAAAAUAAAUUGGAAGAAACGUUGUUAUAUUGUUUAUUUUUCCGUUGGUUUUUAAUUUUAAAACAGGUGAUAAUAGAAAUAAGUGAUCUCUUCCUUGAUUUGUUUAAAGCUUUAGUUAAAUUCUUCACCAUGAUAUACAUUAUCUUGUGCUUGAUUCUUUGUGGUGUGGUAUUUUAUAAAUCAACUAUAUAUAAAAGACAUAGAAGAUCUCUUUGGAACAAACACGUUGCUAUAACAGGAGGUUCCAGUGGAAUAGGCAAAGCAUUUGCUAUAUUGGCUGCAAAAGAAGGGGCCCAUGUAACUCUUCUUGCCAGAAAUGUCGACAGGCUUGAAGAAGCUCGAAAUGAAAUAAAACAAAACACUGUAACGCAGGAUCAAAUUAUUUCAAAAGUUCCUGUUGAUGUGUCCUGUCCAGAAGCCGUAGAAAAUAAUUUGUUGGAAAUAGAAGAAACAAUUGGUCCUGUUUACAUGCUUGUUAAUUGUGCUGGCUUUGCUGUUUGUGGCAAAUUAGAAGACCUUUCCGAACGUGACAUUAAGGCCUUGGUUGAUGUAAAUUUGAUGGGAACCAUUUAUGCUAUCAGAGCUGUUUUGCCAAAGUUUAAAAAACGUCGAGAAGGAAUAAUUGUGAUGACAUCUUCUGCAGUCGGUUUGAUGGGGAUGUUUGGAUAUUCCGUAUAUUCUGCUUGUAAAUUUGCACUUCGGGGCUUAGCAGAAUCGUUAGUUAUGGAACUGAAACCUUAUAAUGUGACGGUAACACUAGCACUUCCUCCAGACACUGAUACUCCAGGUUUUGAAAAUGAAAAUAAGUCAAAACCAAAAGAAACUAAGCUUAUGUCUGAAUCUGGAGGCUUAUACAAGCCAGAAGUAGUUGCCAAGCAAUUAUUGGAGGAUGCUCUUAAAGGGAAUUUCUUCAGCUACGUUGGCUUAGAAAGCUUUAUUUUAACAACAUUGUGUGUUGGUAUGACUUCUGUUAAUUCAGUUUUAGAACUGCUCCUCCAGAUAUGUCUCUUAGGCCCCUUAAGAUUAAUCGGGACAUAUUAUAUUAAAAAUUUUGAAAAAAUUGUUGCUAAAUGCUUCAGUGAAAACCAUGUUCAAGAGAAAUAAGACUAAACUUUUAAUGUGAUAAAAUUCAUACAGAAUUCUCAAGUUCAAUAGGUCAGAAGUCAUCGCAUAGUACCAAAUUUGUAUGAGUUAUUUUUUAAAAUAUCCUGUGGAUGAUAGUUAACUUUAUCUAUAGUUUCAGUUCAAAAUUUGAUAUAUUAUUAAAUUAAUAUUAGUGUUUUAUAUUAAAUAAAUCCACUCUAUUCAGUUAAUUUAGUAUGUAACAUGAUACAUAAUUUUUUCAAUAAACUUUUUU